UGUGCGCGCCUUGAUUAAUUUUCCCACAAUGCAACGGGGAUCUGUCAUGGCUGCUCACUGAUUCCGCUUGCUCCACAUGGGCAGAAAUAAACAUUUUAUCACUGAUUGAGACGCUCUGAAUCGGCUCGUUAGCACAGCGCUUUAUAGCUGGCUUUUAUCUGGGACCGUCCUGACUGAAGGCAGCAGCUCCAGCUUGACUUUGGCAAGAACCAAAUCCGUUCAGUCAUGCCGCCGCUAGACGUGGAGAUCGCAGCACUCCGAGGGUUUUUAACUGCCGGUGAAACAGCGGAAUGGAAGCAGAACAUUUUCAGUAUUGCAGAGGCAGGCCCUCUGCUGGAGUCCCUUAUGGAAGGGGACUUUGAAGCAGUUCUGCUGAGCACGGGAGUGACAGAUCUGCUCAACGGACAUGGCGACUACCACGAAGGGGAGAACAUCGAGUCCUACCUGGAGAGACGUUUACUACUGUACCUGACCGAUGGCACCAAUGAUAACCAGACCAGCAGGGAGUUGGCAGUUUUGGCCUUGGCUGUCUCAUGUCUCCACAUGUUUGCCCAGAGUAACUGGACCGGUCCUCCGGUCUCCUUCGAUAUCUGUGAUCUGCUGACCCCAGCCCUGUUGUCAUCUCAGGAGCCUCAGAUGCUGGUUGAUGCCAUCCACUCCAGCCUGCUCCUGGAUGGGGAAUCGGUGUAUAGCCAGGUGGCCAACCCCUUUCUCCUACUGUUGGCCAGGGUAAUUGUCACCAAAUGCUUCCCCAAGAUGGAUAGGCUUCAGCUGCUGCCCUGCUGGACCCUUCGCUACAUUAACCUACACCAGCAAAUUCUAGAGGCCCGUUCCCCACAACUCUUCAGCUUGGCCCAGAUCAGCAUGGACAAAGUGCUCAAAUGCCAGUCUGUGUUAUCACAACACAGAAACCUGGCUAUUCAAUUCCACCUCGAGUGCGUCUACACUAGUCUCACCUACUAUGAGUACCAGCGUGCCAAGGAACACAUCGAGAAGGCUCGGGAGCUUUCGGGGCUCACCAUCAACAUGACUGGUGCCCUUGGCAAACGUACCCGGUUCCAGCAGAACUACUUGGCUCAGCUCAUCCUUGAAGUCAAAAGAAAGCAGGACCAGCCUUGUCAGAUCAAUGAUGAGGAAACUCCCACCCCUACACCUCAGGCUAGUCUUCCCAAGGACUAUAGUCUGGGGGAUGACACACUACUGGAUAAAAUCAAUUUAGCAGAGCCAGAUCAGUACCACUUGCCUGACCUAACUGCUGAAGAACAGGCCGUCAUCCUGGGUAUCUGCACUGACUUCCAGAAGAAUAACCCUGUGCACAAACUAACAGAAGAAGAACUCCUGGCCUUCACGUCUUGUGUUUUGUCCGAACCCAAGUUUUGGCCAGUGCAAGUGUCAGCACUUUGCCUCAGGACGAAACUGGAAAAAGGAAAAUCCCGAUGUGUAGAAAGAGCCAUGAUGCAAACCCAGGCAAUAGUAGACCACUUUGAAGACAAGAGUUGUCCUGUGACGGAGCGCCUCAAAGUCUUUUACUGCUGCCAAGCACCACCCAGAUGGGCUGUCCAGAAACAGCUGGCCAGCCUUCUGAUGGAUCUCGGCUGCAUCAGUUCAGCUGUACUCAUUUAUGAAAGGCUGGAGCUCUGGGAAGAUGCAAUUAUCUGCUACGAGAGACUCGGCCAACACGGAAAGGCCGAGGAGAUUGUGUGCAGGGAGCUGGAGAAGAAGGAGACACCUAGUCUGUACUGUCUACUAGGAGACAUCUUGAGGGAGCAUCAGUAUUACGACCGUGCAUGGGAGCUGUCAGGUCAGCGCAGCGCCAGAGCUAUGCGCUCCAAAGCCCUGCUACACCUCCGCCACAAGGAGUUCCAGCAGUGCGUCAACUGCUUUGAGCAGUCGCUCAAAAUCAACAGCAUGCAGCUCGGUGUGUGGUUUUCUCUUGGUUGUGCCUACUUUGCCCUGGAGGGCUAUGAGGGAGCUGCUAAGGCUUUCCAGAGGUGUGUGGGACUGGAGCCAGACAAUGCAGAAGCAUGGAACAACCUUUCUACAGCUUACAUUCGCCUCCAAAUGAAAAAUAAGGCUUUUCGAACCCUGCAGGAAGCCCUUAAGUGUAAUUACGAACACUGGCAGAUCUGGGAGAACUUCAUUGUUGUUAGCACUGACAUCGGAGAUUUUGCUGAAGCCAUCAAGGCAUACCACCGUCUUAUGGACCUGAGGGAGAACUACAAGGACAUCCAGAUUCUGCAGAUCUUGGUGAAAGCAGUUGUUGAGAACUUGACAGACAGCCAGGGUGAGCAGGCAGGAGCCCUCCAGUCCAAACUGAAGGAGCUCCUAGGUCGGGUCAGUUCUCGCCACAGCAGUGACGCUGAGAUAUGGCGACAGUAUGCCCUGCUGUAUGGUGACGGCCACAGCUCCAACCCAGAAAACGACGACAAGGCACUGCAGUUCCUGUCCAAGGCCCAUCGCUGUGAGGUUCAGGGAGGCGGUUGGGAGAAAGAACCUGCUCUCUUCAAGGAGGUGAUCAAACAAGCUGUCCACAUGGGAGAAGUGGCACUCAGUUGCAGUGUGAAGAAGAGUAAUCCAGCAGAAGCUCUUCAGAUACUCUCCUCUACACGCCUCAGUCUCAGGAGUCUGGCCACCAAAGCCAAGCAAAUCCACACAGACGUGGCCACAGGGAGGAUCCAUGCUGAGCUGCAGGACGGCGUUACUGCUGUGGAGCAAGUCAUCACCGAGCUGCAAGAUCUGAGUGGGAAGCUGCGUAACCAGUCACAGUGACCAUCCAUCUCUAAUAUGCCCCUUUUGUGGCAAAAGAGACAACCUUUGGUUCUCAGGGGUCCUCAGUAAGACUGAGUAAUAAAGACCCAAACCAGCUCUACACCUGCAUUUAUCAUCACAGUGUAUUACUGAACCUGUUAAAUAAAGCAAGCCAAAGGACUGAAUUUGUAAUCCUAUUUUCAUACCUUUAUGUCCACUUUGAAAUGUAAACACUCACUGGGUGGCAUCUUAAAAUACAGUGUUAAAAAUUUGAA